AUGACAUCGACAGUCACACUGACCCAUGGCUCCUCGGAAUGCUGGGACGAUGACUUUGCGUUCGAGGAGGAUGCGAUACCGAACAAUGCCUUGGCAGCAUCCACUUCAUCUCAACUGCAACGUCGCUCUCUCUCCGUCUCGCCCGUCAAGACGACCUCUGCUCGCUCAGCUGAGUCCACAAACUUCAAACGGAACAGUUUCGUGACGAGCGUGAAAGGUCGCACGAGUCAUGGUGGUCUGGUGAUCACUCAGGUCGAAUUACCUGAGCGGUUGUCUCGGUCUGCUUCGAAUGAGCACAGCAUAGAGGAGAACGUCUCGAUGGAGGAAGUACCCGACUGGGGUCAAGAUGACACAGCGCAUGCCACCGGCCGACUCUCAAAGCCAACGUCGAGAAGGCCGUCGACCCAAUCGACACGCGCCGCGCGUAGAGUCAUCAGCGAUCCCAAGUCGCCCGAUUCUGCUCUCGACAUCCUUGCAGAGAGAGAGAAAGCGAGUCAACGCCUUGCUGGACUACGUCCUUCUCCUCUCGAUCUCUCUGUGCCCAGCAGACCGCCCAUCAACCAACCCACAAGCGCGACCGAACGACCAGCGAGUCAGUCGCAGCCUGGCCUGUUCAGACGAAUCAGCCGGUCAGCUUCGUAUGUCGCCAGACGACCUCGCUCGCUCUUCGUUACAUCCUCAUCAGAGAGUGCAGUCACAAAGCAGAACAUAGAUGACCCAGGUGCAAUAGACGCUGCAAAGCGACCCGCGCUGGCUUGGCAAAACACCCUAGACGAUAUGUCCUCCCUGGCACUCAACAGAAACUCAAUGUCGCAUGCUAGUCCGAAUCUGAACUCUGUCUCCCCGGAAGCAGAUGCGGAGGCGAAAUUGGAAGAGUUGCGUUCGUCCGUUCUGCGAGCUGCCGUUCCGCUAUCACAGCGCGAGACGGAUGCUUCUCCACCCGAGUCGGGCACGAGUGUCACCACACCCAGUAGUAUGACCAGCUUGGCAUCCGGAUCGAGUCAGAUUCCACAUCGGCCCCGUAAACUGCGAAAGAAAUCGAGGACGGCUUCUUUACAGACUGCAGAGGAAGAGGCCAACAUCACCAGAAGAGGCUACAGGACUUCCGACUCGCAGCACUCGGAAGGCUCGCUCGCUCAUUCUAGCGCAUUGCCGCUCUUGUCUGCUACCGAUGACGCUUUCGACGUUGAGGACGCUCAUCUCGUGACCCUCAGCCCUGUUCUACCUUCUUUCCAUCCUUCGCUCUCUGGUCAGCCUGACUCGCCCAAGGAAGACAGAAGAGCCACGGCAGGCAACAGGAUAUCACGGUCCUUCUCUGGCUUGCUAGGCGCAAGAUCCCGCCAAAGUCAUAAGCAGAACGGGUUGGACGAGACGGGUACAGCUUUACCGCCUCUCCGACGGGGUAUAGACAGAACACCAGAUCGGUUGCCGCUGUCAGAUACAGAGCUAGAUGCGCAUGAAAAGGCAGCACAGCUGUCGACUUAUCCUCCUUGGGCGAGAGGUGCACGACCCCAUCUCAACGAAAGAGCGGGCAGUCUCGACGAAAGACAUGCUCGUCAGACUAGUCUGGGGAAUCUCAAGAUACCCAGCAGGAUAAUGAGCACGCAAGGCCAGCUCACAGAGAAUCUUCGUCUGAUCAGGCAGUUCAAGGUGACGAUCGAAAAUCUAAGACUAGCUCAAUCGGAAUACGACUCCAUCCUUGUCGAGAUAAUCGCAAUACAGGUCACAAGCCUGAAGGAAGCAAUCGAGCGUUCUGCGAUCUGGUGGGACAUUGCAAAGAUGCUCAUCCUGCUCAGCGACGGUUCAGAUGUCGACAGCGAGUCUGAGGAAGAGGUCGGCAACACGGACUGGCUGGCUCGAUACCGUCUAGCAUGUCAGAAUGCCAAAGCGGGCACGAUUAAAGACCUCCUGGGCGAGAUUGCCGGGCGCUUGUCUACGGAUCAACCAAAGAGCAGCGCAGAAAGACAUCGCAUUGUCAUAGAUAGCUUGCUGGCCAGCUCCUCAACCGCAUCUACACCUUCAUCGCCUUUCAUACCCGACGGAUCCCCACGCCAAAACCGCCGAGCGAGCAGAAUGGGCGUCACGGGGCUCAAAGAUCUACUCAAAUCAAUGCGAGUCCAGGGUCAAGACAGCGCCGUUUCAGCGGCGCCUGCCAAGAAGCUCGAUGUCACUGUAAACGACAUCGGCCGACUGCUCUCAAUCGCUCAGGGUACAAACAUGCACUGUGAUGAGACAUUGGUCACGCUCGAUAAAUUACGACGCUCUGUCCAUUGA